AUCUGAAAUCAAGAAAAGAAAACCUUAUAUGAAGCUGGGUGGCGCGCACGUUGCCUUACAAGUUAGUUUUACACACAGCUAAUGUUAGGUAAAGCUAUGGCAAUUUGACGCGUGCCACAUGACCCGGAAACAAUCAUAAGCAUAUCCAUCUGUCCCGCGAGCAGCGCGAGGUAAACAGGCGCACAUGGUGGGAGCUAGCAGACGGCCCGCCGACCGCCGCCGUGUGUACAUAUAUAUAUAUUACUUAUGGUGGUGUACAAUGCCAGGCUACACAUGGACAUUUGUGGACCGCCCUCGGAGAAAGUGUAUCUGUCCCUUGUGUCGUCUGCCGGUGAGGGAGGCUGUUAGGGUGUCCUCGUGCGGCCACACCUUCUGUGACAUCUGUCUCCAGGAGUUCCUCAGUGCUGGUGUGUUCAAAUGUCCUGAAGAUGAUAAGCCCCUGGACUAUGCCCAGAUCUACCCGGAUGAUGACCUUACAUCUGAGGUGAUGAACAGCCUCAUCCGAUGUCGCUACAACAAGGAUGGGUGCCGUUGGGUAGGCAAACUGCACAACCUUCAGUCUCAUCUGGAUCAGUGUUGCUAUGACAACAUAGCUUGCCCUAACAAGUGCCCCGCCCUCCUGUCACGCCUGUCCCUGGAGGACCACCUGGAGUACUCCUGUCCUAAUAGACUUGUGGUCUGCGAGUUCUGUAGUCAACAGCUGCCCGGGGACACUUACGAACGGACACACUCUGGUCAGUGCCCCUGUGAGGUGAUGUGGUGUGAAAACAAGUGUGGAGCGCGACUAGAGAGGCGAUUCCUCAACAACCACAUGAGGAAUGAGUGUCACAAACGCACCGUAGAAUGCUCCUACUGCAAGAGGGACUUUGUACAGGAAACAUUGCAGACCCAUCAGUACCAGUGUCCCCGCUACCCAGUCACAUGUCCUAACCGCUGUGACCCAACCAAAAUUGCACGAGAGGAUCUGGAUGUUCAUGUUCAGGCCCUCUGUCCAUCUGCAACUGUUAGCUGUGCCUUCAAAAAGGCGGGCUGUUCUCAUAAGUGCCCCAGAUUUAGCAUGGACAAACAUGUGGAAGAAAACAUGAAGCACCACCUACAGUUAAUGUGUGACCUGUCUCAGCGUCAACAGGAGGAGAUAACCCAGCUGUGCGAUGCCCUUUACUCACUGUCACACGUCACAGAUGGCACCUUCAUAUGGCGCAUAACAAACUACAAACAAAAGUUCCUUGAGUCUGUGUAUAAAAGUGUGGAGAUUGUCAGCGAGCCCUUCUACACCUCCCGCUAUGGAUACAAGAUGGUGGCAUCUGUGUUUCUGAAUGGUAACGGAGCAGGGGAGGGUAAAAACUUGUCGGUGUACAUUAAGAUCCUCCCCGGUGAUUAUGACAAUAUCUUAGACUGGCCAUUCUCCCUGCCCAUCUCAUUCAGUCUGUUUGACCAGUGCUCAAGUCCCGAUAAACGCAGCAACAUCUGCGAGAGCUUCACUCCCGACCCGACCUGGAAACACUUCCAGAAACCUCUCAAGGACGCAGACAAGGACACACUGGGGUUUGGUUACCCAAAGUUUGUGUCACAUGAUGUGCUCAAGUCCCGAGAUUACAUCAAGGACGAUUGUAUUGUCAUCAAGGUCAAGGUGGACAACAACAAAUUCAUCUGUCCCUGAGUUGUAUAACAAUGUAUUAUCACUUAAUAUGAUCUCAGAUCUUGACUGGUUCUGUCAGCUAGACAGUAUAGUGCUGGGUGAUCAGACCCGGUGUGUAACCACACAAGGUAUAAAUGAUGGUCUACUUUUUUCACUCUGGAACCCUGUGAUAUCACAAGGUAGCCGUUAACCAAACAUUGAGGGUCCAAGUCACUAUAUGGACAACAGUCUUUCUUCACACAAGGAACUGUUGGUGUCUGUGAGUCACUAUACACUGUGACGAGUGACCAUAUACUGGAGCGAAAGACCAUCACUAUGGGACGUUAUGACGUUUGAUGUAAAUCAAUAAUGAGUUACCUGACUUUGAUAAUCUCAUAGACAGCAGAUUUAGACUGUAGUUUGAUAAGUCAAUAUCAGGGACGGUGGAUGUGACGCUUUAACAGUGAUGUUUUUGUGAUGGAUCCAUAGUCUAUAGGUGAAACAGUCCUACAGAUCACUUUGUGUCUUGUUUUCGUGUAUCCAAUGUGCCAUAUACCAAAGUGAAUAAGUCGGGCUGCUUCAGCAAAACCAAUCCAGAUACUGUACAUACCUGAGCCUCGUUAAUCCAGCGACCUCCCAUCCUAAGUAUCCAACCAGUGUUAACUGUUAGGGAACAGAUAGAGUAUAAAAUUGUCCCAUAAUCUAGCUGUAUAGAAAUCCAGCCACUUCGUCUGUUUGUUUUGAAAGUGACUGGAGACUCCACUAGGGUACAUUUAUGUACUUUUAAUUAGCAACAAUUUCGUUAUAUUUUGCACCUUUUUUAACAAAAAUGUGUAAAUCCAUAACAUCAACUUUAAAAGAAUUCGAUGAAAAUUUUGUGAAAACCAAGUAAACCGAAAUAUAUUCUUUCAUAAAGUGUUAUGGAAGCUAGUUGAUCAUGAUCCAGAGUUGUAUUGUGAUAUAGAUUUGGAGAGUGAAUAAGAUAUGUGAAAAUCCAAGGAGUUCUUGUAAUAUAUUAUAAAAAAGUAAUAGCUACAGACUCAUGAGAGGGUGGGAGAGGCAUGUACUGUAUUAGAUCCAUUGAAAGUAUAUAAAGAGGGAUAACUCAAUUUGGAGAUAAAAAGAGGGAUAACUCAAUUAGGAGAUAUAAAGGGGGAUAACUCAGCUAGGCGUAUAUGCAAGCAUGAUUGUUAAAUGUUGCUCCAUCAGAAACCAAAAAUUGGUACACAUUUUGUGAAUACACUCACGUCAUCAUGCAUUAUAAAACCCACUUACACAUGUUAAUCAUUUCAAUGAUCUCCACAGGAAGUGUUUUAUGUAAUGUGAAGAUUCUUUCACUAUGACGCAAGUCAGUUCUGAUAUGCAUGAUAGCAGCUAUCUAUCUACAUGUAGAUAAUAAAUCCAGGUCCUGACUAUAAUACUCAGCUGAUAAAGAUAUUGCAUCUGUCUGCAUUCCUAUGUACCCAUACUGAUGACUGUUGGGUUAUAUCAGAGCAUUUCAGUAUUAAAAACCUAGUAUACAGAUAUGUUGAACUUAAGUUGUAUUCUUUGUCAUCAUUGUAAAAUUAUCACGUACUGACCAUUGUUAUUGACCUUAUGUUAGCUGUGGCAAAGAUGUAAAAUUCUAAACAAGUAAACAUCAUAUGAAGAAAUUUUGUGCCUCAAAUUCUUCUGUAAUGAGUUAUUCCCCUUGGAUUCAUAAUAUUCAUAAAUGACUCGCACCGAAGACUCUCCUAGUUUUUAAAUCACGAGACUGAUGGCACAGUGCUAUAUACCUCUACUUGCCUAGUGCUAUAGGGAUAAUUAUGUUGUUGAUAUUGUUAUUGUUACUGAUGUUAAUUAUGUAAUCCCAAUUUGUUUUAAGGGAUGCCUUUACACAACAGGACAAAAUCAUGAAAACGAACUUUUAACUCUAUUAUUAUUAGACAAAUUAUAAUGUCCUUUACUACAGCAUCAAUUCAAGUUAAAAGAAACAUUUUAUUUAAAUUCUUUGUAAUAAAUUUUGGAGGUUGUAGUACUUCAGUUGCAGAAAUCUGCAUUGUUUUGAGAUUUUAAGAAAGCUAGUUUGAAAACCUCCACUGGGAAGAAAGUUCACACUUUGUUACUUCAAUAUCAUGUCACCAACUCUGUGUAAGGUAACCAUGCUCUUUUUUGUGAUUGUGUAUUCAGUAUGGAAAUGAACCUCAUCUCACGGAAAAUAGAUGCAACUGUUAUCUUGCUUCCGUGGAUAUGCACUGAUAUAGGGGAUUCCAUUGACUCACUCUUGUACACAUAUGUUUACAUACUGAUAUACAUUCUUUGUAUAAAUUGUUUACUAUGAAGAAUGUAUUCUGCAAUGUCGGAGCAAUCAACGUUAUUUCAUAAUUUAUUUUACAUAUUUCUCUGUCUUUUUUACCUUCUACUGUCUUUGUGACCUUUGUUCUGUCAUUGUUCACCCUAGCUCUCAGUGUGAUCCGACCUUGUGACCCUCCUCCGGUCUUAUACUAUAUGUUACGUCUCUAUUUGUGUGCGUUAACCAAAUGGGUUCCUUUCCCCCUACCUACUCCUGCUGUCUACACGUGUGGAGUUAUUGUUUUAUGGACACGGUUUCCUGUCUCUACUUUAUUACUCCCGUCGAACGCGACGUGUUUAGGUUAUACUCCGACUGAAGACACUAUAUCCCGACAAUAUGUAUAGAACGUCAAUCUCUUGUGUCCUGUCCCCACAAUUAUACUCAUUCAUCUACAUCACAUCCAUAAUUACACAUUUGUACAAAUAUUCGUUCUAGUCAGUUUUCGCCAUUGUAUGAACAUGUACUGGUGUAUCUCGUAUGCCCAUAUUUAUUGAUGUAUCGUUUAAGAAUAAUAAACUUAUGAUUA